AUGUCUGAGUUGUGUUUUUCAAGCACAUUGAAGACCCAUUUUUCUAGUCUUUUCAUCUCUGACUUGAUGAUCUCAUUUGGUUCCUUCAUAUUCUCUCAUCCUCUAUAUUUCUCAUACUUAAUUUUCUUAUCUCCUUACCUUCUGAAACUCAUUUCUUUUCUAUCUCCUCUCUUCAUCACAACUUUUCUUCUUUCACUCUCUCUCCUCACCCUGAUUCCCAGCUUUUAUAAAAAAAUUGCUAUUGAAUCUUCUUCUAAAGAUGAUGAUGAACAUGAAGAAUUUCAGUGCAUGGAGGAUCUUGAAGUGUAUAAAAUCGUGUUUGGGGAGUCAGAAUUCGAGGUGAAAGGAAUCCCUGUUGAAGUCUUGGAUGAAAAAUCAGAAGUGAAUUCUAGCCAUAAAGAUUCCAGCAGUAUCAGCAAAUCUGAGGCUUUGACAGGUAAUUUAGAAGAAAAUUCAGUUCAUAUGGAUUUGGGUGAAAAAGUGGAGGAAAAAAAACUAGGGGAUUUUCUAAAAGUACUAGAUGAGUUUGCAAUCAUGACUUGUAAUGUGGAAGGCAAGAAAGUUGAGCCGACAUCGGGCACGAAAGCCGACGAAUCCGUCGAGAUUUCUUUGACGAGAAAUGGAUCCGAGGCAACUGAUAAUGUUGGAGAAUACACUUGGAAAGUCAAAAGUUCCGAGAACUUUUCAGCCCGAAACCUCGGGACUUAUGGGUCAAUGAGAAAGGAAAAAGAGUGGAACAGGACAUUGGCAUGCAAGUUAUUUGAAGAGAGACGCAACGUAGAUGGAGAAGGGAUGGACUCGUUGUGGGAGACCUAUGAGAUGGAUUUAGACAAAUCAAAGCUCAGAAACAACGUGAAAAAGAAGAUCAAUAUCAAGAACAAGAAAAGUGUAAUCGAUGUCCAAGAGAAUGAUAACGAGGAAGAAAUUGAUGGGAAAUUGUGUUGCUUACAAGCCCUCAAAUUCUCAGCAGGGAAGAUGAAUUUGGGAAUAGGAAGGCCUAAUGUUGUUAGGAAUAUUUCCAAAGCCAUUAAAGGAAUUGGUUGGUUGCACACAGUGAACAGGCAAAUCAAGAAGGUGCAUCAUAAUGGAGACAGAUACUAA